GGCCGCCCUUGCGGCUCGGCCGGAGCGAUGUGGGCGGUGCUGGGCAGGCUCGGCGUGGCGCAGGCCGUGGGCCCGGCCCGGUUGAUCGCUGUGCGCCCCGCGGCCGCAGGAGCCUUCUCCAUACCCCACGUUACCAUGGCCACCCACUUCUCCAAGGAUCAGGAGAGAAUCAGGUGUGUCAAGGGGGACCUGUUCUCGUGCCCGGGCACGGACGCCCUGGCGCACUGCAUCAGCGAGGAUUGCCGCAUGGGCGCCGGCAUCGCCGUGCUCUUCAAGAAGAAGUUUGGAGGCGUCCAGGAGCUCCUGGAUCAAAAGAAGAAGACGGGGGAGGUGGCGGUUCUGCAGAGGGAUGACCGCUACAUUUACUACCUGAUUACAAAGCAGAAGGUUUCUCACAAGCCCACGUAUGAGAGCAUGCAGAAGAGUUUGGAAGCCAUGAAAGCUCACUGCCUGAACAAUGGAGUCACUGACAUCUCCAUGCCCAGGAUUGGAUGUGGACUCGACGGCCUGCAGUGGGAAAAGGUGUCAGCCAUCCUUGAGGAAGUGUUUGAGAACACUGACAUCAAGAUCACAGUGUACAGCCUGUGAGCAGAGCAGUCCAGGAUCCCCAUUUCCCCCAGUUUUGGGAGCAGAACCUCUGAACUGACAAAGGGGGGGGCCUGUGUGUGGAGCACGUUCUGCAUCCGGGUGUCACUGACUCGUGUGACAGUCACAGGGGCUUCCAGCAGCAGCAGCAGCAGGCUCCUGAGCAGUUCAUUUGGGCUGUGAAUUAGCGGGAGGCAGCGGCGCUGUGCAAGCCCUGGGGGAGCUCCCAGUGUGUCCCUGCAGCCACCAGGUGUCACUGGGGCUCCACGCAGGGAAACGGAGCCGCUGCCGCUGGGGACUCGGGGUUUCUGUUGGGGUUGGUGCUGCCCCAGGCAGCGCUGGCACCUCUGCUUUGUUCUGUUUGCCAUGCCCUGCCUGGCACUGCCGUCACUCACCUCUUCUCACACGUGGAACGGUUUCAUUUCUCCCUUCCUGCCACAAGUUGGGUUUGCUGAGGUUGUGCUUACUCAGGAUCAUGGUGUGAUGUGAAAUAAACACUGCCCUGCUGUUGGAUUGCUACCUGUGGCUCUUGUGGGGACAGGCUGGGACUGCAGGGAAUGCUGGAGGGGGGUAAAUACACCUGGUGGGUGUGUUUUAUACAGCACCUCUAUCAUUUAUAGUCUGCAGAGCUCUGUUUGGUGAGGAUCCAAACAGGCUGAUGUGCUCUAAAAACUCACAGCAUGGGGUUUAAGGUGAGGUUUUCACAUUUCUUUCUUUGUUGCAUUUGUAGUCCAGGUGUUACACAAAGGUUGGUGUCUGUCACCCAAAACUAAAGCAAAUCAGCACCACCCCUUCUUCCUGAGAUCCAUGGAAAACUCCUGAUUUGGCAGAGUUUGUUCUAGAACUGAGCAACUGCCACACACUUUUCCUUUGUGUUUGGUUUUUAAACCCUCCCACAAUAACAAAUCUUCUGGACAUGUGUCAUUCUGCAUGCCCAGAAAAGUGCCAGGUGUGUUGAAGAAAUAUAAAAAUGGGACAUAAGAGUUGGGAAUUUUGUAACAUGGCAGGGUUCCUGAUUGGAUUCCUUGGGAAGGGACUGGGUUACUCAGUUCUGUUUGUCUUUAUCCUUACUCUCCUUGUUCCUUGCCCAUAUUUUGUAGACCUGUUGGGUGGGGAAUUGCUGUAGCUGGGAAAAACAACAGAGGAAUUUGGAGCAAUGAGCUGAUCCAGAACAGGCAUGGAGGCUGCUCAUGGAUUCAGUCCUUCCCCUUAUUUGUGUCUGGGUUUUUGUUCUGGUUCCUUACUCAUGGCAUCCUCAUGAGCUUUGUUUUACAUGGAAAAUGAUCCUGCUCUCCAGCAGUUGUGUGUACUCUGGAAAUUUUUUUGGCAUUUAGUUCUCCCUUCCCAGCUACAAAAUAUUCCCUGUGUGGCUGUCCUGGGAUGUCCUUGAAUUCAGACUUGUCAGGUUCAAUUUAGGACUUCCUGCAAGUAGAGAAGAAGGAAUAAACUGUUUUGGCUUUUGCA